AACGGAGGUCAUCAGAUAAGGACUCUGCGCAUUACGAAAGAAAUUAAAUUAUAUAUAAUAAACAAGAUGUUGUUUGUAGGCCAGUAAUACAUAAGGAGCUUGGUGGUACGAGAAUGCGGAAAAAACUCGACAUUAUGAAGCUAUUGUUAUUUCUCCUCUUUGUUACACCAACUACUGCAUUUGAAUGUGAUCCUCGUGCAAAGAUAUGUGAAACAUCCCUUGACAUACAUUAUGAACUAGCAAUGAUGUCAGAAGACGGUCCAGUCUAUGCGCACAACGGCAAACUGUUUCUGUAUAAUGUCACCGACACAUCAAACGCCUCUCCUUACGAUAUGGAUGAAAUAAUGACAGCGGAUGGAUGGGAGGGAUCCUCUGGUAGACUGAUAGUUUCUGCCAACAAAAGCCUCCCUGGUCCACCAAUAAUAGUAUAUGAAGGACAAACAGUCAUCAUCAAUGUACAUAACAACCAGUUGACUGAAGCGACGUCGAUUCAUUGGCACGGUGUAGACAUGAAGGAUACUCCUUGGAUGGAUGGUCCACCUUAUAUUACACAAUGCCCGAUAGGACCAGGACAAACCUUUAGAUACAAAUUCACAGCUAAUCCACCAGGAACAUUCUGGUACCAUUCACACAUGGGCCAUCAAAGAUUGAAUGGUUUAUUUGGUGCAUUUAUAAUAAGGCCAAAACUAUCAAAUAAAAUUCAGCUUGAAGAACAUAUAAUGCAAGUUUUUGAAUGGAACCACGAAUAUGGUUCAGAUGCUGAUGAUUUGUUCGAAGAAGCAGGAGGUACGUACAUCAACCGAACGAAAUUACUUCCAUCAAUGCAACUGGGCAUGUCUAGAUAUACACCCUAUAGAACUCAUGCUGGGCUUAUCAAUGGGCGUGGACGAUUCUGGAGUGGUACGUCUAAUAACGGUGCGCCACUUGAAACAUUUAAAGUUACAAAAGGCAAACAAUACUUAUUUAGGGUUAUCGGACCUGGUGCUCUCUAUCCAUGGAGAGUAUCAGUUGAUCAUCAUAAUUUAACAAUUGUUGGGGCUGAUGGUUUUGAAACUGUACCUGUCGUAGCAGAGUCAUUUGUCAUAGCUCCUGGUGAAAGAUUCAAUUUUAUCUUGAACGCGGAUCAGCCAAUCGGAACGUAUAUGGUACGCGCUGAAACUUUAGAUAGGCGAUAUACGACCAAGGCUGAGGCUAUAUUACAGUAUGAGGGAGCCAUGUUAUCAGAACCUACUUCCUCAAAGUCCAAAUGUACGUCUGCAAACAAAUGUAUUGUUGUAAACUGUCCGUUUCCAUUUUACCCUGAAAAUGAAAAUGUAAACUGUACUCGAUUGACUGAGCUCCGUACUGUGCUUAAUAUUCCAACUCCCCUCCCGGUUCAAGGAAAAUUUAAAGAGUAUUUUCUCAAUUUUGCCUUUCCUGGCUAUAACGGAAAAGAAGGACCAGCUUCCGUAAAUGGACGACAGUUCAAGCUACCAGAUGUUUCUGCACUCACACAACCCGACGAACUACCACAUCAAUGUACAGACCAGGAAUGUGGGGAAGGAAAACUAUGCCAAUGCAUGAACUCUUUGACAAUAAAUUCGGGCGACACAAUUCAGAUGACAUUCCUGAAUAUGGGUCAAGGACGAGUUGAUGACCAUCCGGUACAUAUGCACGGACAUGCUUUUAUGGUAAUUAAGGUUGGAUAUGGAGUAUUUAAUAAAAGUACAGGCGCAUUAAUUGAAGAUAAUAAUGAUGUUGACUGUAGGGGAAAUACCAAACCAGGCAUGAGUAUGUGUAACAGCGCCACUUGGAGCAAUUCAUCAUGGUUGAAUGGAAAUGUCCCAGAUAUUGUACAACAAGGAGCAGUACUAAAAGACACAGUAAUUGUACCCAGUGGAGGAUACGUUGUUGUCAGGUUUCCAGCUACAAUUCCUGGAAUCUGGUUUCUACAUUGCCACAUUGAUAUGCAUUCUAACGAUGGGAUGGCGAUUGUCUUGAACGAGUCCUUCGCAAGUAUCCCUAAACCACCACCUGGUUUACCAAAGUGUGGAAGUUACCUUGGUAACGACGUUGUAUCGGACGUGAGUGAUACAAACGACCCUGUAGAAGACUUCGAUGAUCAUGUUGCCAAAGAUAAACACAGUUUAUCUGAUAAAGAUGAAAAUACAACGUUGCUGUUUGGUGGUAUGUUCUCAGUUCUGUUCCUCCUGAAUAUUGUCCAGUUUAUCGUAUUACUGGUUACCUGUCGACGCCAAAACCAGGACAAACAACACGAUAAAGCAUUUGCAUCUUGAGAGUUGGUUUAUACAUACUAAAUCAAAGACAGUUCCAGUAGGGGCAUAAAGAGAUGCAAUAUUGUAAUUUGUAACUAAUUUUAAAAACGGGUGAUAGCGUUUUCUCAAGUUUGAAUAAAUCCAUGACCCCGAAUUAGUUUAUCUCAAAGUAAUAAAUUAAGAACUUAUAAGUUAUUUAAAUAUGAUUAUUGUACUGAUCCUUACUUAAAAUAUGAAUUGCCACUUAAAUUUAGAAGUUAUUUUGCUAAGUUUAGAUAUGGAUUUGCUCCCCUUAGAAUAGAAACGGGUAGAUAUGAAAGAAAAGAAAUACACGAAAGAACAUGUUUUUAUUGUAAUAAUAGUAUUGAAGAUGAACAGGUUUUAUUGAAAUGUCCACUAUUUGACGAUCUUAAACAUAAUAUUGUUUAAUGAAGUAAAAUGUGCAUUUAAACAUUUUAUCAGAUAAUGAAAAGUUGUUUUUUUUUUAUUCCAUAAUGAUAAAGUUUUUGAAAGUGUCGCCUGAACCUGCUUUAGCAUUUUAACCAGAAGGAAUGUUUUUUUAUAUAAUUGAUUAUGCUGUAUUUUAAUGAUAUUCAUAAGCAAAUAUUAUGAUAUGUACCAUAUCUUAUUGUUUUUAGUAGUAUUGAUUAUACAGUCUCUCAUAAAUCUUUUAAGAUUGGCACAUACAAUGUGAAUUUAAAGUUUGUUGUUAUACAUGUAUGUUUUAUGUACCUGUAUGAAUAUUUUAUUGUGUAGAUAUAUGUAAUUGUAUUCGGUGAGACUUAAAUAAAAUAUUGAAUCUUGAAUCUAUGAUAAUAAAUUUAAUCCGUGGACACAAAUUAGAAUACUCUUUUAGAAUGACGAACUUAUUCCGUAAUCACAAUUUUCAUUCCAUUUGAAAAAUACAAAAUUAUACUGUCAUUCAUAGAUUUUGAUACGAAAUUGCAUUUUUUUUGUUUUUAAGCUUUUCUUUUACCAAUAGUAGUCGCUUAACAAAAAAAUAUUUAAGAUACGUAUCCUUCUGUUGAUGGAAUCGAUAAAAUGUUGCUCACAAGUGACAAAUUCAGUGCAUUUGUAUAUAUAGUUUGCGUUUUUCUAUGAAAAAAAAUCAUAUCCUAUUACAGCAUUCGAAAAAACCAAGCACUUAAAAUUAUGGUUAUAUCUUUUGUUGAAUAAAACAUUUGUAGGCUAAUAUUAUAUUUUUUUUAAUGUGCGUUAUGAAAGUGAUUUUUUUAAUAUUGUUUUAUGUUGGGUUUUUUUUGUAAUUGAAGAGAUUCGAGCAAUCAUUUGAUUUUUGAAGAAUUUUGAUGUUGAUGUAUAUAUGUAUCUAUUGUUUUAUACAAAUACUGACAAAAGUAAAGCACGCCUAAACUUAGAUUUAUUUAGAAUACUGGUAACCAAAUGGCCACCCUAUUGAUAGUGCAUAAUCACGGUAUGUGUGGGUGUUCUUGGAAUUGUGUUGAAACUAAGAAUGUGGGAAUGAACUGUUGU